CGGCUGGUCCGUUCCACAGUGGCAGAGUGUCAGUUACAGGGCAGGUUAUCCAUCCGAAAAUUAUUAAACAUGGCCGAGCCCAUCCGCGUACUGGUGACGGGUGCCGCCGGGCAGAUCGCCUACUCUCUGCUGUACAGCAUCGCCAAGGGAGAUGUGUUCGGCAAGGACCAGCCAAUCAUCCUGGUGCUUUUGGACAUCCCGCCCAUGCUGCCCGUCCUGGAUGGGGUGGUGAUGGAGCUGCAGGACUGCGCCCUCCCGCUGCUCAGAGAGGUGAUCCCCACCGAUAAGGUGGAGGUCGGCUUCAAGGACCUGGACGCCGCCAUCCUGGUGGGCUCCAUGCCCAGGAAGGAGGGCAUGGAGAGGAAGGACCUGCUCAAAGCCAACGUAGCCAUCUUCAAAACGCAGGGAGCCGCUCUGGAAAAGUACGCCAAGAAGACCGUCAAGGUCCUGGUGGUGGGAAACCCGGCCAACACCAACUGCCUCAUCGCCUCCAAGUCCGCGCCGUCCAUCCCCAAAGAGAACUUCUCCUGUCUGACCCGACUGGACCACAACAGAGCUCGAUCUCAGGUGGCGAUGCGCGUGGGCGUCUCCUCGGACAGCGUGAAGAACGUGAUCAUCUGGGGCAACCACUCGUCCACGCAGUACCCGGACGUCCACCACGCCACCGUCACGCUGAGCGGCAAGGACGUGGCCGCCUACGACGCCAUCAAGGACGACGCCUGGCUGAAAGGGGACUUCAUCUCGACGGUGCAGCAGCGGGGCGCGGCCGUGAUCAAGGCCAGGAAGCUGUCCAGCGCCAUGUCCGCCGCCAAAGCCAUCUGCGACCACAUGAGGGACAUCUGGUUCGGCACCCCCGACGGCGAGUUCGUGUCCAUGGGCGUCCACUCCAGCGGGAACUCCUACGGCGUCUCGGGCGACCUCAUGUACUCGUUCCCCGUCACCAUCAAGAACAAGACCUGGAAGGUGGUGGACGGGCUGCCCAUCAACGGCUUCUCCCGCGGAAAGAUGGACGCCACGGCGGCCGAGCUGAUCGAGGAGAGGGACACGGCUCUGUCCUUCCUCUCGGCGUGACUGACCGAUCGGGAUCUCGCCAAGCUGUGAUCAGAAACGCGCGUUUUUUUCUCCCCUGUACUUAUUAAAAUUUAGAUUCUCAAA